AUGAUCACCACAAGUGAUGAGAGGAGUGUGGAGGAAGUAGACACACAAACAGAACACCUCCUAGACAGUCCAAAGGAAAAUCAUGAAGAAAGAAACCAUGCACCCCAACCCACGCUCAGGGAAGAGCUAAAGAAAAGGGAGAUCCUGAACUUGUAUGGACCCUUUCCCCAAAGGCUCAAGGGUGGUGUAGCAGGGCGAAUGUAUUCAAGGUUCCUCGAUAUAUUUGCAUCUUUUGAUGUAAAUAUACCAUUCAUUAAGGCCCUCCAGCAAAUGCCCUCCUACAUCAAGUAUAUAAAUGAGCUACUAGCCAAAAAGAUUUCAUUGAAGGAUGGACAAACAAUAAAGAUGAACAGGGAAUGCAGUGCUCUCAUUCAAACAGAACCACCCACAAAAAAGAAGGAUCCAGGGAGUUUUCACAUUCCCUGUGCUAUAAGAGAGACAAUGAUUGAUAAGGGGCUCUGUGACCUGGGAGCAAGUAUCAAUCUAAUGCCUGUAUCCCUCAUGAAAAAGCUUCAAAUCAAUGAGCUAACACCCACAGAUGUAAUCAUCAAAUUGGCUAACAAAACUCAAAAGCAGGCAAUAGGAGUGGUUGAAAACGUGUUAGUGAAAGUUGGGAACUACUUCCUUCCCACAGACUUUGUUAUCCUGGAAAUGGAAGAGAACCCCAGUCACCACAUCAUUCUGGGAAGGCCAUUCUUAGCCACAGCCAGAGCACUUAUAGAUGUGGAGCGAAGAGAGCUAGUAUUGAGAAUACAUGAUGAACAGCUCACCUUCAAUGUUUUCAAACCCUCACAAGAAGCAGAUCAUGAUAACAAAGAGCUGAUGGAGGAGCCAAACAGGGGAGCACAAGCACCACAACUAAGAACUUCUAUGGUUAACAACCAAUGUGAUCAAAAGGAGCAACAGCCAAGUGUAAUCCAAAAGGAACCAGACCCACCACAUAUGAGACAAGAAACAAAUUUUUACUUAAAAAGAAAACCACAAGUAGCAAAGUGA